AUGAAUGUGACAUCCUCUUUAGUUCCCAUUCGCGUUGACGUUUCAUCUGAUGACAAGACAUUACGGUUGGUGGAAACCAUGUUGUUUGACCCCACCUGUUGGCCCAUUCCACUUUCGGUGCCCUUGUCGUUGAGCGUGGAAGACAAUGUCCAACUAUUUGCGAAUAUGAUAUUGAGUGAUUGUGAAACCAAUGGUAUGGGACGGACCAUUCGGCAUUUUACGGGCCGACUCGAAUUGUGGACCGAGUCACUACAAGCCAAGCUGGAACACCAACUCCGGCAACAACUCUGGCGAGUUGUCGAUGGCUAUGUCCCCAAGGUGACUACAACCAGAGCCAUUUCCAUUCGUCUCGUCUUGCAUGGAAUCACCAUUGAGGAGGAUUUCUUGUGGGACCCCCAAGUUCCAUUGAGCGUCUUGGAUUUCAGCGAGGACAUGGCCAAGGAAUUGAAGUUGCCUGACGAAGCCGUCGUCUCGAUUGCUACCGUGAUUCUAGAACAAAUUCAUGGAUUGGCCAUGGACACCUCCGCGGAUCGAUCCAUGGUGACACCGCCUCGUAAGGGAGCCUGGUUGAUGGAGACCAAGGAUUAUAUUUCGACCAUUGCGCACAUUGUUGGACAGCAUCGGCCCAAAAGUCAUUGA